AUGGCGGCUCGUAUUCAGGCGAAAGUUCUGUUUGAGCAUGCGCAGUUACCUAAGACUGAUAGACUCUGGGCGGAGGCCAUGCACUGGGCCUGCGAGGCACUCAAUCACACGGCUUGUUCUGCUAACCCCGACUCCAAAUCGCCGUAUGAAACGUGGUAUGGGGAAGCUCGUCCUGCUAGGCCGUAUCCGUUUUUGAAGCCAGCGUACUGUAAAUGGCAGCGACCGUCUAAGCUGCUACCGAAGGAGGAGGAAGGGGAGGAAAGUGACGACGAUGUAGAAGCUGAGGGAGGGCAGGAAACGGGGGAAGUAGAGUCCGAAGAUCCGGGAGAGCAUGAUGAAGUAGAGUCGGAGGAUCCGGGAGGGCAUGAAGAAGAGUCUAUGGAUCAGGGAGGGCAGGAUACAGAGUCGGCGGGGCCGGGAGGGCAGGAAGUAGAGGUGGAGGCAUCUCCUCCAGCCGCUCGCCGUCCGCAGCAUGUCGUUGACCUUGCUGAUUUUAAUACUGCUGCGCGUGAUGCAGUAGAAUUGCCGAAAGAGCUCAUUCAGGACGUAGAGCCAGAGCCUGGUAGCUAUCAAGAAGCUCUGCGAUCGAAGCAUGCCACGAUUUGGGAUAAAGCCAUGUCUGCAGAAGUUGAAGGCUUGAUACGAGCAGGAACGUUCACGUUAGCAGCAAAAAUCCCAGAAGGUUGUAACGUGAUUGAUGCUAGAUGGGUUUUCAAAUGGAAAGCAGACGAAACAGGAAAGAUAGUAAAGGCCAAGGCUAGGCUUGUAGCGAAGGGCUUCAAGCAGAAGCAUGGGGUGGACUAUCUUGAGACUUUCUCGCCUACUGCAAAUGCUGCAUCGAUUCGAUUGGUAGUAGCAUUGGCGUGCAAGUAUAACUUGGAAUUACUCCACUUAGACAUUGAGCAAGCCUUUGUUCAGUCGAAAUUGGAUCACGAGGUGUUCAUGAAGUUGCCUCCUGGCUGUGAUUCGAUGUCAGGAAAAAUUGUCCGUUUGAACAAGAGUUUGUACGGUUUGAAGCAAGCACCUAGAACAUUUUACAAGAGGCUCGUGUAUGACCUGCUUCGGAUAGGUUUCGAGCAGUCUCUGUCUGAUCCCUGUGUCCUGCGUUUCAUGAUGGAAGACGAGGUGAUGGGUAUAAUCGCGAUUCAUGUGGAUGACAUUCUGUAUGCAGAAACGAAGGGGCUUGCCGAGGUGAUUGUAGAGGCACUAGGUGACUCUCUUCCUACGAAGAAUUUGGGAGAAGUCAUAUUCUUUCUUGGUUGCGCAUUUAGUCGCGACCGCGAGGCUGGCACGAUUGAGAUUUCUCAAGAGAGUUGCAUCAGGAGUGUUCUAGAGAGAUUCAAUAUUUGUCGCACCAGCUCGAUCCCCGCUUCCCCUGCCAACGAUAGCAGGUCCGUGAUGGAGGAUGAGGAGGCAGGAGAUGUGCCGUUCAGGGAAGUGGUGGGAUGCCUGAUGUGGAUCGCCAACAAUACGAGGCCAGAAACUUCGAACGCUUUGCGGACGGUGGCGAGACACUCUCACGAGCCCAAGAAGAGCGACUGGAAGGCAGCCCAGAAGAUUUUGAGUUAUCUUAAGGAAACGGCACAUCUAACUCUGAAGUACAAGCAGGACACUACGGUAGACGUAGGCACGUUAGUGUACGUAGCGCUGACUUUGCCAGCAAGGCCACUGACCAAAUGUGUCUCACUGUCAACUUCUGAAGCAGAGUAUAUUGCGAUGGGUGACGGUGUUAAGGAGGCUCUCUUUGUGAACGGGAUGCUUCAGUUCUUGAGACCUAGUGCGAAGCCUCGGAAAAUUGACGUCUUUGAGGACAACGAAGGAGCGAUUGCGCUUGCAGAGAAUCCGCUUAGCUCGAGUAGGAGUAAGCACAUUGACGUGAGGCACCACUUCCUUAGGAAUUUGACGGAGGAGGGCGUGAUCGAGGUCACCCAUGUCCCAAGCAAGGAGCAGCAUGCUGACAUCCUUACAAAGGCUCUACCGAGGAACCUUUUUGAAGUUCACGGUGACUUUGUCCUUGGCUCAGUAGCUGAGAAGUAG